UCAUUUAUUUCAUUCCCUCUCAAAGUAGAAACUUCAAAAGAAAAAAAAAAAAACUGAUUCAUUCCUUUCUGGGAAAAUGUCAGGUCCCCAGUGCUUCGAGAACCCACCAACUAUUCCCACUGGAGCCGGAGAUGGGACGGUCGAUGACUUCGCCGGUCUUAAGACUUACAUCACUGGUCCUUCCGAUUCCCAGCUCGCCAUCCUCUUCAUAUCCGAUGCUUUCGGUUAUGAAGCGCCGAAUCUCAGGAAACUUGCAGAUAAAGUUGCGGCAGCUGGAUACUUAGUAGUAGUCCCCGAUUUCUUGUACGGUGACCCUGUCGACCUGAAUAAACCUGACUUUAGUGUAGAAGCAUGGCUAAAACUGCACAGCCCGGAUAAAGGAUGCGAAGAUGCGAAGCUAGUGAUCGCAGCUUUGAAAGCUAAAGGUGUUUGUGCGAUAGGUGUUGCUGGGUUUUGCUGGGGAGGGAUGGUGUUGGCGAAAUUGGCAAGUUCUGAUGACAUUCGAGCAGCGGUUAUUUUGCAUCCCGGAAAAAUUACCAAAGAUGAAAUUGAAGCUGUCAAGAUCCCGACUGCUAUCCUCGGGGCAGAGAACGAUCACAUUGUCCCGCCAGAAGAGCUCGAAAAAUUAGGAGAGAUUUUGUCAGCCAAAUCCGAGCUUGAGAGUUACGUCAAGAUUUUCCCUGGGGUCUCACACGGGUGGUCGGUGAGGUACAAGCUCGAGGAUGAAUCGGCUGUCAGGAGCGCAGAGGAGGCCCAUCUAGACAUGUUGGAUUGGUUCCAGAAGCAUGUGAAGUGAAAGCAAAGCACCGCUGCAAAAAUAAGGAAAAGGCGAUUGAUUCACGGACUGGUUUAUGUAACCUAAGACUAAGAGGAACUAUAUGAGGUCUAGGAUUUGAAAUUGAAGGUCAUCCUCUCAUGUUGUUGUACGAUUAUGGACUGCGACUUAAAAGUUUGAAGAUAAUAAGAUUUACCACCCGAUCGUCUGACCAGAAAAAGUACAUAAAAACUUGAGGUUUUGAUUGUA